AUGGUAUGCUUGGAUGGAAGUGCUCCUGCUUUCAACUUUCAUCCAGGAACUGGCUCUGGAGUUUAUAGUUGGCUCAUUCACCUUCAGGGUGGAGGGUGGUGUGACUCUACUUCCGACUGCCAAGAUCGUGCUACUAAGGAGUAUGGAACUUCAAAAAAUAUAUCUAACUUUGCUUCUUUUAUGGGAGUUCUAAGCGACGAUCCUCAACUAAAUCCAGACUUCUAUAACUGGAACCGAGUCAAGGUUAGAUAUUGCGAUGGAUCAUCCUAUACUGGUGAUAUUGAAGAAGUUGACCCCGUUACUAAUCUCCACUUCAGAGGGGCAAGAAUAUUCAAAGCGAUCAUGGAGGAAUUAUUAAUACAUAAAGGGAUGAUAUAUGCUCAAAAUGCCAUCCUUGGCGGAACUUCAGCAGGAGGGUUGGGUGCAAUUCUACAUUGCGACAACUUCAGACUAUUUUUUUCCUUGAUUGCUAAAGUAAAAUGCAUCUCCGAUGCUGGUUUCUUUGUGAAUGUAAAAACUAUAAAUGGUGAGCCACACAUUGAAGAGUAUUUUAAGAGAGUUGUUGCUUUACAUGGAUCUGCCAAGAAUCUACCAUUCUCUUGCACAUCCUCGAGCUUAGAUCCAAGUUUGUGCUUCUUCCCUCAGUAUGCAGCACAACAUAUUUGCACACCACUUUUCAUCAUCAAUUCGGCGUAUGAUUCUUGGCAGAUAAACAACAGUUUGGUUCCUCAAGAAGCCGACCCUCGACAUGUUUGGGAUUUUUGCAAGGGAAAUAUAAAUAAUUGCUCAUUAAGUCAAAUCCAAACUCUCCAAGAUUUUAGGUUGACAUUUUUGGAGGCAUUAAACGAACUAGGACCAAGUACGUCAAGAGGAUAUUUCAUUUCCUCUUGUCAUUCCCACAAAGGCAUUGAAGUACAAGUCUAUUGGUCCUACAACAACUCUCCAACAUUAGCUAACAAGACAAUUGCUGAAGCUGUUGGAGACUGGUUUUUUGAUAGGAGUGGGUUUCAAGAGGUUUAUUGCCCUUAUCCUUGUGGCAAAUCUUGCCAUUAGAGUUGCUCUUGCAUGUUGUAAUACGUAGUACUAUUUCAGUAUCUUAGUUGUUGUUAGCCAACUUACUCCUGUAAUUGCUUAAG